CUUCCGCUGUCGGAACUUCAAAGGGUGACACCCACCGGAAGUAAACAAUACGAGCGCUAACUGUUAGCAUGUAUAUUUUGAAUUAGCUGGAAAACGACAGUCGCAGCACAGAUAGUGAUUUGUAUUGCGAAUAAGCAACAAUGUCUUCAGCUGAGUAUCUGAGAGAGUUUGUUAAUGAGAGACUAACUGCUGCUGCUCAAGAAAUAUUCGGAGUUUUUCAUAAAACUAUCGUCGAGUAUGAAGAAGAGAUCGACCGUCAGCGCAAACUGUUGAUGAAUAUCGUUUGGGAGCCCCCAAAAAAGUCACACAGCAAGGAGCUCCCACAGCAACAUGUCUGUAAGGAGGGGGAGGUUCUCUCUGAGCAGCAGCUCUGUAUUCAAGAGAGGAACUCCAAUGUGGACCAAGAGGACCCAGAGCCUCCACAGAUUAAAGAGGAAGAGGAGGAACUCUGCACCAGUCAGGAGGGAGAGCAGCUUGUACUGAAGCAGGAGACUGAUGCCUCCAUGUUAACUCCUACUCAUGAGGAAAGAGACCACAGUGAAGAUCAGACUCUCAACUUCAGUCCUGAUGACACUCUGAGUACAGCAGAUGAAGAGUCUGUAGGGAACAUGCCAAUUAUAAACUCUGUGCGAUCAGAAGCACACAGUUACCACCAGCUCCUCUCUCACAACUCUCCUGAAGCUGAAAGCCAAGAUCAGAGAGGAGACAAACAUGGAGACUCAGGAGCAACUAGAAAUGCAGAACCAAAACCAAAGAGAAGUCGUCGCAAAAGCAUAAGACAAGACCACACUGUAAACAACUCGGACUCAUCAGAGAUCCACCGUGAUACCGACACAGAGCUCCCACAGCAACAUGUCUGUAAGGAGGGGGAGGUUCUCUCUGAGCAGCAGCUCUGUAUUCAGGAGAGGAACUCCAGUGUGGACCAAGAGGAGCCAGAGCCUCCACAGAUUAAAGAGGAAGAGGAGGAACUCUGCACCAGUCAGGAGGGAGAGCAACUUGUACUGAAGCAGGAGACUGAUGCCUCCAUGUUGACUCUUAUUCAUGAGGAAAGAGACCACAGUGAAGAUCAGACUCUCAACUUCAGUCUUGAUGAUGCUCUAAGUGCAGCAGAGGAGGAGUUUGAGGUCAACACACCAGGUAUAAGCCCUGUGGUAUCAGAAGAGCACAGUUACCACCAGCUCAUCUACCACAACUCGUUUGAUAUUGAGAGCCGAGAUCAGAGAGGAGACAAACAUGGAGACUCAGAACCAAAACCAAAGAGAAGACAUUACAGUAACAAUGUCAGCAACUCAAACUUGUCAGAGAUUCAUCGUAAUACUCACGCAGGUAAAAAGUCUUUCAAAUGUGAAAAAUGUGGCAACAGUUUUAAGUAUAAAUCAGUAUUGUGGAAACACCUGAGAGUCCACACAGUUAAGAAGCCGUAUUCUUGCAAAAUGUGCGGAAAAGACUUUUUAUAUAGUAAUCGCCUGUCAGCCCACAUGAGAUCACACACAGGUGAGAGGCAGUUUAUAUGUAACACAUGUGGUGAAGCUUUCAGACGUAACUAUGAGCUGACGGUCCACAUGAGAAGAGCCCACACAGGUGAGAAGCCGUACCUUUGCAAGUUCUGUGGGAAAGGUUACUGUGAGAUGUCAGUGUUAAACAGGCAUGUGAGAAUCCACACAGGUGAGAAACCCUAUACUUGUAAAGCAUGUGGGAAAGAUUUCAGGCGUCAUGGUGACUUGUUGGUGCACAUGAGAACGCAUACUGGUGAGAAUCCAUAUACUUGUAAAAUAUGUGGGAAAGAUUUCCCAUAUAACAGUGACUUUACGGUUCACAUGAGAAUCCACACAGGGGAGAGGCCGUAUAUUUGUAAAAUAUGUGGGAAGGAUUUCAGACGUCCUGACGGCUUGCUGCUCCAUAUGAGAAUUCACACAGGUGAGAAGCCGUUCACUUGCAAAAUAUGUGGAAAGGAUUUCAGACGUAAGUGUGAAGUGACAGUCCACAUGAAAAGAGCCCACAGUAGUGAGAAGCUGUAUGUUUGCAACACAUGUGGGAAAACAUUCUGCGACAUGUUUGUAUUGAAGAGACAUAUAAGCAUCCACACAGGUGAGAAGCCAUACACCUGUAAUACAUGUGGGAAAGAUUUCAGACUUAAUAGUGACUUGUUGGUUCACAUGAGAAUCCACACAGGUGAGAAGCCGUAUACCUGCAAACUAUGUGGAAAAGAUUUUGGAUACAAUAGUGACUUGACAGUCCACAUGAGAAUCCACACAGGUGAGAGGCCAUUUUCUUGCCAAACAUGCGGGAAAGACUUCAGACGUAACGAUAGCUUACUGCGCCACAUGAAAAUCCACACAGGUGAGAAGCCGUACUAUUGUGAAACAUGUGGGAAAGAUUUCAGACGGAACUAUGAACUGACAGUCCACAUGAAGAGAGCCCACGCUGAUGAGACACCGUACCUUUGCAAGACCUGCGGGGAAAGAUUCCUCUCAGAGUCUGAAUUGGAAAGUCAUAUCAGUGUGCAUACAGACCAGUUGUUUCCUAUUGACAGUGACACAAGUGAGGAGCCACAUAAUGGCAGCACUUGAAGGGAAAGUUUUACUGAAAUCACGUACUUGGGGGAAAAAAAAGCAGAAGAUCAUAACAUGGGAGAAACCAUAGAGUUGAGACGUAUUCACCAAAUGAAUAAAACACACUUUUGCAGUAGCUACACCUCCUUACCCGAAUAUAUCAUGUUUUCAAUACAGAUGAGAUGUCAGUAUCUUGUUGUAAAGUGUCCCUUCACAUGACUGUAUUACUUAUAUUUCAGUUGGCUAAAUAUUUCUCUGAGAAAACUGUAAUCUGUCAAAUAAAGGAAAAUGUUAGUUUCACAUCGAGGGCUCAGUGGUGACUUAUACUCAUGGUGUAACGUGGAUGAGUGUCAGCUUGUGUGGAUAACAUUAUUUGCCAGAUGUCAGAAUUUUUUUUAUUUUUUUUAUUUUUGUGAUU